AUGUCAUCUAUAGAAACACAAUUGCACUGUGAAAGUAAUAAAAAAAGUAAAAUUGUUCAUCAUAAACGAACACAUACAGGACUUGGUAAAGAACAAAUUAAAUUUCUUCAGGAACAGAUACCAGAAGCCCAGAGACAUACAUGGGAAUCACAUACAGAGAGAGAUUUGAACACAAAGGAUGCAUUUGAGAGAGAUUUUGUUCGUUAUGUAGAAACGACCCUUGCUCGAUCUAUGUAUAAUUGUGAUGACUCAGCUGCUUAUCAAGCGACAGCGCAUUCAGUUCGUGAUAGACUUAUUACACGGUGGAACAAGACACAGCAGACAUUGACACUUGAGGACCCUAAACGAGUUUAUUAUUUAAGCAUAGAAUUUCUUAUGGGGAGGACUUUGGAUAACUCCAUGCUUAAUCUUGGAAUAAAAGAUAUAAUAAAAAUUGGAAUUGAUGAACUUGGUUUUAAUAUUGAAGAUAUUAUUGAUGCAGAAACAGACGCUGCUCUUGGAAAUGGGGGACUUGGAAGAUUAGCUGCAUGCUUUUUAGAUUCUCUAAGUUCAUUAAAUAUGCCAGCAUGGGGUUAUGGUCUUAGAUAUCAAUAUGGAAUUUUUAAACAGCAAAUUGUUGAUGGACAUCAAGUUGAACAGCCUGAUUAUUGGUUACAAUUUGAAAAUCCAUGGGAAAUGCUUAGACAGGAUGUUAGAAUUCCUGUUAGAUUUUAUGGUCAUGUUCGGAAAUAUGCUGAUAAUGAUGGGAAAACACGCUAUUCAUGGCAAGGAGGUGAACAAGUUUUAGCAGUUGCUUCUGAUGUUCCUAUUCCUGGCUAUGGAACAAAUAAUACAAAUAAUCUUAGAUUAUGGUCUAGUCGACCAAUGCGUGAAUUUGACUUUAGUAAAUUUAAUGCGGGUGAUUAUGAAAAUUCUGUUAGAGAACAACAGCGUGCUGAAACAUUAUCGGCUGUGCUUUAUCCCAAUGAAAAUGUUUAUCAAGGAAAAGAACUUCGUCUUAAACAGCAAUAUUUUUGGGUUUGUGCAAGUUUACAUGAUAUUGUUAGACGUUUUAAAAAAUCUGGAAAACCAUGGUCUAAGUUUCCAGAACAAGUAUCUAUUCAGUUAAAUGAUACACAUCCUGCGUUAGCCGUUGUUGAGCUUCAGCGAAUUUUUGUGGAUUUAGAAGGUCUUGAAUGGGAUCAAGCAUGGAAUAUUGUUGUAAAAACAUUUGGGUUAAUUGCUUAUACGAAUCACACUGUUCUUCCAGAAGCCUUGGAAAAAUGGCCAAUUCCAAUGUUUCAAGAAUUACUUCCACGUCAUAUGCAAAUUAUUUAUGAUAUAAAUCUCUUCUUCUUACAAUCAGUUGAAAAGAAAUUUCCAAAAGAUCGUGAACUUUUAUCACGUGUAUCUAUUGUUGAAGAAUCAUCUCCUAAAUAUGUUCGUAUGGCAUAUCUCGCUAUUAUUGGGUCAUCCAAGGUCAAUGGUGUAGCAGAAUUGCACAGUAAUCUUCUAAAAACAACAAUUUUUAAAGAUUUUGUUAAAAUAUAUGGACCCGAUAAAUUUGUUAAUGUAACGAAUGGGGUUACUCCACGACGAUGGUUACUUCAAGCUAACCCUAAAUUGUCUGAACUAAUUUCAAGAAAACUUGGAGGCUAUGAAUUUUUAACUAAUUUAUCCAAGCUUAAAGAAUUAGAGAACUUUGCUAAUGAUAAAGAAUUUCAAAAAGAAUGGAAACAAGUAAAAUUUUAUAAUAAAGCCAGAUUAGCUAGUUACAUUCAAAGGACUAAAGGCUUAAAAUUAAAUAUAAAUGCAUUGUUUGAUAUCCAAGUGAAGCGUAUUCAUGAGUAUAAAAGACAAACUUUAAAUAUUUAUGGCGUAAUUCAUCGGUAUUUAACAUUAAAAUCUAUGUCUAAAGGAGAAAUCGAAAAACAAGUACCAAGAGUUUCUAUUUUUGGGGGAAAAGCUGCUCCUGGCUAUUAUAUGGCGAAAUGUGUUAUUAAAUUAAUAAAUUGUGUAGCAGAUGUUGUUAAUAAUGAUAAAAGCAUUGGUGAUGUUUUUAAAGUUCAUUUUAUUGAGGAUUAUAAUGUUAGUAAAGCAGAAAUUAUUAUUCCUGCAAGUGACAUUUCAGAACAUAUAUCUACAGCUGGAACUGAAGGUAGUGGUACAAGUAAUAUGAAGUUUGUGCUAAAUGGUGGUCUUAUUAUUGGAACUGUUGAUGGAUCUAAUAUCGAAAUUACCCGUGAAAUUGGUGAAGAAAAUAUCUUUUUAUUUGGAAAUUUAAGUGAAAACGUUGAAGAAUUACGUCACAGACAUAUAUAUGGAAAUGUUCCUAUGGAUCCUGAACUAAAAAAAGUUUGUGAUGCUAUUGAAAGUGGAAUUUUUGGUGAUCCAAAUCUAUUCGCACCGCUUAUGAGCGCAUUAACUAAUGGACAUGAUUAUUAUCUUAUAAGUGAUGAUUUUCAAUCAUAUCUUAAUACACACAAAAUUAUAGAUGAAACAUAUAAAGAUAGUGACUUAUGGGUUUACAAAACUAUUAUUUCUGUUGCAAACAUGGGCUUUUUUUCUUCUGAUCGUGCUAUUCAAGAAUAUGCUGAAGGGAUUUGGAAUAUUGAAGCAUGUCCUUUGGAUGAGUGA